AUGACUAGGUUUCAGGGAACUCAUCCGACAUUAGAUGAGGUCCGUGCAUACCUAAACUCGGACCACUUGGAGGAGAUGCGGCACAGCAUCCAUCAAUCAGCAGCCGACAUGUGGAUCGCGGAAGAGCAAUUCAAGUCGUGUCUGGAGCAAGCUUUGUCGAAUCAUCCCUUCGCCACGUCCCAGCCUAUUCGUCGUUACGGAGACGCGACAGCCGGGGAGACUGUGUCUAGUGUCUCGGCGGAUUAUUCGAACAAGCUAGUCACCAUGAAGACUCAAGUGUUGAUCACCAUACUGCUGUGCCUCGCGCUGGCCCACGCCGCGCAAGCAUCAAGCAGCAAUUUCGAGAAAUACGCCGUGCGCAACUCCGUCCGCAGCGGCAGCGCGCACCGACUGAGGUGGCGUAAGCUGACAGAGCUUCCCACUUGCGUCAAUCAAACACUCUGCGGAUCACUCUGCGUGGAUGUUUUGACCGACAUUAACAACUGUGGCGUGUGCUCCAACUUCUGCGACCUCACCCAAAUCUGCUGCAACGGCACGUGCAUCAACCCUAACACCAACAACGCCCACUGCGGCGCCUGCGGUGCCAGGUGCCCAGGCACCUGCGCCGCGGGUGUGUGCAACUACGGCGGGGUGUCCUCCUCACCUGGGAACGGUGGUGCUGGCCCUGUCGUCCCCGCUACGGGUGGUAAUGGCCCUGUCGUCCCCGGUACUGGUGGUGCUGCUGCUGGUGGCCCUGGGAAAUCUGGCAAGCCCUAA